AUGACAUUCCGCCUACCUCACGUUUCCGCAACAGGCGGCAGAAGUAGAGGAUCGGGUGACUCCUCUGACUGUAAUAUAGAAGGCUCGGGUGUCCCCCUUGAUUUUCUUCAGCCCUCCCAGUCAAAUCUUACUGGUAGGCAACUACUUCCAGCUGAACUGCUUCAUUCGAACAACCAGAAUUUGGAUCACUAUCACUAUCACUCCACGAGGCACAACAAGGUUGACGACGACGAGGAGGAAGAACUCUAUCCUGAAUCUAACUCUAACCUUCUUAGACGACAUACACGAGAUUCCGCAGAGACAGAAGACGAUGCCCCACGGCACAACCUAGCAGAUGAGAAUACAAACCUGCUAAACAUCUUUCAAAAACUACAUAGACUCAUGUCCAAGACACCCCUCUUACUACGUUCCGCGCCCGGAUUCGGCACAGGAUCAUAUGGAGCAGCUCCGGUGGGCGCAUCGUCAGAGAACAGCGAGGAGGAAGAAGAAAUUCACACAAGAAGGGAGAAGAGGAAAAAGAGUUCAUCGGCCCUUAGAAAUUUGAGGAAUUCUAGCAGCGCCGCAACAUUCAAAUCAACCAAAUCUAAUUCGCGCCCCUCCUCAUCUGCGAAUGCUGGUUCGACUUCGCGAACGAGAAAUCGUACAGGAAGCAACACACAAAAUGAUGGGUCAGAAGAAACAGGGCUUGCGGCUUCCCCAAUAAAAAUUCUUAAUGCAGAUUCGGAUUCUAUUUCAACAGAGGAAGACACAGAGGAAGCGCUGCUAGAUGAAGACGAAGAAGACGAGGAAUAUUCAAUCGAUGAUGAAGAUCCGCCAGACAAUUCUCCCUAUGCCCAAGUUCGCGCUUCUGUAUCUGCCAUCGAUAAUACAACUCUAUCAAUCAACACGCCUCGGAUGUGGGCACUUUCUAUGCUUUUUGCUAUACUCGGUUCUUCAACAAACCUUUUCUUUUCCUUACGAUACCCUAGCGUUUCUAUUACACCAGUUAUCGCCCUUCUACUUGUGCACCCGCUUGGAUUAAUGUGGGAUGGGCUCCUCAAAAGACGAGACGACCCCGAAGAAGAAUUUGUGGAUGGGCAUCGAACUGCAACCCUUGAAUGUAAUGGAUCCAGUGGUAAGCCCGCUACCGGCUUGAGGCGAUUAAGAUUAUGGUUGGCACAAGGGAAAUGGAAUGAAAAGGAACACAGCUGUGUCUACAUCAGCAGUAACGUUUCUUUCGGCUUUGCAUUCGCAACAGAUGUCAUUGUUGAACAAACACACUUUUACAACCAGAAAGUCAGUAUCAUGUAUCAGCUGCUCCUCAUUCUUUCCACACAGAUAUUGGGAUAUGCUUUUGCAGGUCUCACUAGACGCUUCUUGGUUCGACCUGGUGGUAUGUUGUGGCCCGGAACUUUAAUGUCUGCAGCCAUGUUCACAACAUUACAUAAAGAGGAGAACACAAUAGCUAAUGGUUGGAAAAUCACUCGAUGGAAGUUCUUUUUCGUCGUUUGGUUUGGUUCCUUUAUGUUUUACUUCUUACCUGGUUUGUUGAUGCCAGCAUUGAGUUACUUCAGUGUUAUAACUUGGUUUGCACCAAAGAAUGUCAUCGUUGCGAAUCUGUUUGGUGUGGCUUCGGGACUUGGCCUUUUCCCCGUAACCUUCGAUUGGGCUCAGAUUGCAUAUAUUGGAUCACCACUACUAACUCCAUUUUGGGCCGCGAUGAAUGUUGUUGGAGGUCUCGUCAUUGUGAUGUGGAUUCUUGCGCCAAUCGCCUACUAUAAAAAUAUCUUCUUCUCCUCUUACAUGCCGAUUUUAUCCUCUUCCGUUUUCGACAAUACUGGAAAGAUAUACGAUGUAAGCAAAAUCUUGACAUCGGAUUUCCUCUUUAAUAAGGAAGCAUACGAGAACUACAGUCGUGUGUUCUUACCCAUAACUUAUGUUCUCAGCUACGGACUUCAGUUUGCUGCUCUUGCCUCGCUAUUAACACACACAACAUGUUGGCAUGGUCGAGAUAUUUGGAAACAAUGGAAAAGAUCCUUAAAGGAGGUUGAAGGGGAAACGAAACCUGCUUAUGAUCCUGUACCUGCAUCAAAUGGAAACGGGCAUAGGAGAGGAGCCUCGGCAAACAGCCACAGGCUGAAUCUUGAAAGAACUCCAUCAUAUAUGAAUGAUAUUAUUAGUCAGGAAGAUGUGCACAAUAGGCUUAUGAGAAGGUAUAAAGAUGCGCCAAUGACUUGGUAUCUGAUUACAUUCGUCUCUAUGCUUGCAGUUGGGGUUUUCGUCGUGGAAUAUUAUCCCGUUCAUCUACCGUGGUACGGCUUACUCCUCGCAUUGGGGAUCUGCACCAUUCUUUUUAUUCCGAUAGGCAUUGUCAUGGCCAUUACGAAUCAGCAUAGCAGUAUUUAUCUCAUUUGCCAAUUGGUUUGUGGUGCAGUCUUCCCUGGCCGUCCCGUUGCAAAUAUGGUAUUCGUCACCUAUGGCUACAUCUCCUCUUCUCAAGGAAUAAAGUUCUCAUCCGAUCUGAAACUUGGGCAUUACAUGAAAAUCCCGCCCCGUAUUUUAUUUUCAGUUCAAAUGGCAGCCACAAUUGUUUCUUCCAUGACGCAAAUUGGCGUUCUCAAUUGGAUGUUCGCCAAUGUUCCAGGUAUCUGUACUCCUCAGGCUAUUAACGGUUUUGUCUGUCCCCUCGCCCGUGUACACUUUAAUGGAAGCAUUCUUUGGGGAGUCGUAGGACCUGCUCAAUUCUUCGGUCCUAACGCUACUUACCGGGCCCUCGUUUGGUGUUUUCCCAUUGGUGCUAUUGCGCCUAUCAUUCUUUGGCUCUACUGUCGCAACAAAAAGAAUAGUAUAGUGAGGAAGAUUAAUCUUCCCGUCUUAUUUGGUUCUCUAUCAUGGAUUCCUCCAGCUACGGGACUCAACUUUUCAGUUUGGGCACUAGUAUGCUAUCUUUUCAAUUAUGUCAUCAAGAGGAGACAUUCGGCUUGGUGGGCCAAAUAUACAAUGACAUUAAGUGCGGCUUUGGAUUCCGGACUUGCGUUUGGAUUAGUAGUGGUCUUUUUCGGAUUCAUCUAUCCGGGAUGGAUGGAUAACUUUAAGUGGUGGGGAACGGAAAUUUAUAAAAAGGGGUGUGAUUGGCAAGCUUGUCCAUAUAAAACGGUACCAGAAGGUACGCAUUUUGGACCAGAUACUUGGUAG